AUGACAACUAGAUAUACACAGGACGAGUGGCUUGCUAUAUUUGACCAAGCGGGGCAGAACCUAUCAAGUACCCCAACAGAAUACAAAGCACCAAGUGUCGGGACUGCGGCGUUUGCUAAGACCUUUGAUCAUACGCUCUUAAAGCUCGAAGCGACAGGCACGCAGGUGGAUACUCUCUGCGAGGAAGCUAGGAGACACAAUUUCAAGUCCGUCUGUGUACGACUGAAGUGGGUGGACCGCGCUGUUCACAAUCUGCAAGGAGGUUCGGUCGUUCUAGCUUGUGUGGUCGGAUUUCAUGAGGGAACCCAAUCCAUCAAGGAGAAGACAACUGAAGCCUCGAGAGCUGUCGAUGCAGGCGCCAAAGAGCUCGACAUGGUCAUGAAUCAUGUUCUCCUCAGACAGAAACACUACUCCAAGGUGUACACAGACAUAGCAGCUGUGCGUAACGUGGCACCUCAUCCAAUCAUCCUUAAGGUGAUCCUGGAAACAUCUCAACUAUCUCCACGCGAAAUAAUAGCUGGAUGCAAGAUAGCGGAGGCAGCAGGGGCCGAUUAUGUGAAGACUAGCACUGGAUUCAACGGCCAAGGUGCAACUCAAGAGAACGUCAAACUGAUGAAGAGCGUUGUGGGAAACACUAUGAAAGUCAAGGCAAGUGGCGGCGUGAAGACGGUGAAUGAGUGCGUGGUCAUGAUGGAAGCUGGUGCAGAGAGAAUCGGCACGAGCAAUGGAGUAUGGAUCAUGGAUGAAGCAAAGGGUUUGCUCGAGCAGGUAACCCAUGCUGCUGCAACUGGGGAACUGAAAGGCCAGAGGCCAGCAUCAUCGUUAACGCGGAUGUUCACUCUUGACUCGGCUGGUCAUGUCCAUCUGAUUGUUGGAUCAAACCCAUUAGCCAGUGCGAGGUGCUCGAAGAGCAUUGAAGUCGGCGCAAAGCCAAAAGUCAUUGCCCCAGCGGACGCAGACUUUCAUUAUGUACUGGCAAAACGAAUCGAAGAUGGAGAAGUGGAAUGGAUCAAGAAAAGCUUCGAGGAUACAGAUCUUUCAACGCUGGGAAGGGGUGAGGUAGACAAUGUUGUAGACGCCGUAUUCGUGACCGGGAAUGGGAAGAAUGCAUUAAGCACACAUAUCUCUAGCUUAUGCCGCCGUCUGCGUGUACCAGUCAAUGUUGUGGACGCACCCAAUCUAUGCACGUUUACACUUCUUUCUACGCACGCGGAUGGACCACUACAAAUUGGGAUCACGACAUCUGGCAAGGGUUGCAAGCUUGCUUCAAGGAUACGGCGAGAGAUUGCGUCAUCUCUCCCGCCCAACUUUGGCACUGCCGUGGAACGUCUAGGUACGAUUCGGCGUCGGAUAUGGGAAGAAGACCACAGAACGUACGAGACCGAGGAGCCAGCUACGGAAGUUGAGGACGAUGAUGCCACAGCACAGAGGCCUACCUUCAAUCGGUUGGUUUCAGAGACAGAUCACAACGCCGCAAGAACACGCCGUAUGCGUUGGCUUUCUCAAAUUUGCGAAUACUGGCCUAUGCGACGGCUCGCUUCCAUUACGGAUGCCGAUAUUGAUACUAUACUGCGAUCCUACAAUACCCCGAGCGAUUUAGUGCCGCCUCCAUUGGAUGCUACGAAUCCAAACACACGCAGUGGUCCCAAACCAAUGAUCAUUCUGGCCGGAUCUGGCCCUGGCAAUCCGUCACUCCUGACAAUGGCCACCCACCGCGCGAUCCAGACCGCUUCCGUUAUCCUCGCGGAUAAGCUUGUUCCAGCUCCUGUGCUUGAUCUUAUUCCUCGUCGCACCCCUGUCCACAUCGCUCGCAAAUUUCCUGGCAACGCAGACGCCGCUCAAGCCGAAUUGCUCUCACUUGGCCUGGAGGCCUUGCAGAAAGGCCAUACCGUACUUAGGCUAAAGCAGGGUGAUCCUUACAUCUAUGGACGGGGAGCAGAAGAAUUUAGUUUCUUCCGAGAAAGGGGUUAUGUUCCAGUUGUUCUCCCAGGCAUUACUAGUGCCCUUUCAGCUCCAUUGUUCGCUGCUAUACCGCCUACGCACCGCAGUGUGGCGGAUCAGGUCCUGAUUUGUACGGGUACCGGACGGAAAGGAGCUGCGCCUGACCCUCCUCCCUACAUUCCGACACAGACAGUGGUCUUCCUCAUGGCAUUGCACCGACUUUCUUCUCUUGUUGAUGCUUUGGUUGGAGCAGGACGUACAAUGGAAUCAUCGGAAAUUGGAUCAAAACCCAAGCCUUGGCCGCGAGAAACCCCUUGUGCCGUCGUCGAACGAGCUUCUUGUCCAGACCAGCGGGUCAUACGAAGUACGCUGCAGCAUGUCUGCACAGCCGUCGAAGAAGAGGGGAGCAGACCUCCUGGAUUACUGAUCGUGGGCUGGAGCUGUGAGGUGCUAAUGGAGAUGAAAGGGACAGGGAGAUGGUUGGUGGAGGAGGGAUUCGCAGGAUUCGAGGCACCAGAACUUGGAAGCAAUGGUUCAGCAGGUUUAGUGAAAGGGAUGAGUAUAGAUGGUCCCUCGAGAAACGAACAUUUACUACACAACAGCGAGACAUCUGCUCAAAUAUCGGAUCUGAGUGUCCAAUAA